AUGUCCCGUCUUCGCGACCCAGCGGAAUAUGUAUCGAAAGCAAAACAUAGAUGGGCAGGUCAUAUCAUGAGAAGAAUCGACGAUAGAUGGACUAAAAGAACGCUAGAGUGGAUCCCAAAGGACCAUAAACGCCCCCGAGGGAGACCGUCAACGAGAUGGGGUGAUGUGUUCGCUACACGGAUGGACCAGCUGAGAGCUCAGCUGGAUACGGCUCGUCAACGUCAACAUCACUCACGAAGCUUGAGAACAUCUUGGAUGACAAUGGCGAGGGAACGAAACGAGUGGAAGAGAUGCUGGGGCCCGCACGUCCGGUGA